CCUUUUCGUCUGCGCAGGCGUGCUUUACAGUGCGCAGGCGUGCGGCGGCCAUAUAUUUCUGUUGUUCAAGGGUAUUUGGACUCACCAGGUUACAAACAUGUACCGUUUUGCUAAAGCAGCUUUCAAUGUCACCGGUCAAGCUGUGCGCCAGGUGCGACAUGGAUCCACUAAUUCCCAGGACUUUAAUGCCAAAUACGGCAAUGUCUUGUUGGUUGGUGGAGCUACUUUCUGCAUAUCCGUGUGGACCUAUAUUAUUGCAAAGGCUGACCUGGUCUUGAAUUGGUCUCCUGUUGGAAGGAUCCAACCCAAAGAGUGGACACAGAGGGAUGAGUGACUGGCUGCUGUGACAGGACCGCCCACCACCACCCCGCCCACUAAAUGUGUGGUUGUACAGACGACUAAUGAAUAUUUGUGUUCAGUCAGGGAACAGCUGUGGUUAUUCAAACAUAUGUCCCAAUAAAAGUUUGAUUCUAUCGUG